AUGGGUGAUAAUCAUCUAAAAAGCCCUGGGCCUGUCAAUUUAAAGUCAGGUAAUAUUCAGAAGUCAUGGGAAACUUUCAAGCAGAAGUUUGGAUUCUUCUUAACCGCAAUUGGAAAGGCUAAAGCGGCGUCGGAUGUUCGAUGCGCACUCCUGAUGGGAGAGGCCGGGGAUGAAGCUUUGGAGGUUUAUAAUGCCUUUAAAGAUAAGCUGAUAUCCAAAACAACCAACGAUCAAGGAGAGGAGGUCAUUGAACAUGACUAUACAAACAACUAUGACAAGGUUGUUGAGCAGUUUGACCUCUAUGCGGCGGAGAAAAAAUGCAUUACGGGUUGUCGAGAACUGUUUAAUGCGCGAAAUCAAAAAAAGGAGGAAACGUUUUCCAACUGGCUAACAGAUUUGCGAAACUUGGUGAAAGACUGUGAGUACGCAACUAUUGUUGAUAGUAUGCUGAAGGACAGAAUUAUAUGGGGUGUCUGGGACAAGAGGUUAAGAGACACUCUGAGAUCCAAGUCAAAUCAGAGUUUAUCUGAUAUUAUUGAUCUGUGCAAGGCAGUUGAAGCUACGGCACGAUAUCCGAAGUUGAAUGGUGAUAACGAUAAUGCCCAAAAUGUCGAGGCUAUCCAGUCAUUCAACAAAAACCGUAGCAAGAAUGGCAUUCCCUCUCAACCCUACCAAAAGAACAAAGGUGGAGGAAAGAUGAAAAAUUCACAGUACCACAACCGACCCGGUCCAGGCUAUAAAUCAAAGAGGAAUGGUUCACAACAGGGAGACAACAAACAGUUGUUUAAAUACAAGUGCAGAAAAUGUAAUAGAGUGCAUGAGGCGGGCAACUGUCCGGCUUAUGGCCAAAUUUGCUCUGCUUGUAAUGGAAAAAAUCACUGGGAAGUUGUGUGCCGUAACAAAGGACAACAAAAUGCUGGCAAUUUUAAAAAGCAAAGUAAGGUUGACAGUCUUGCUACUGUGACUAAUCAACUUCAAGAUUGCUUGCUUAGCUCGUGGACAGAUGAUGGUGCGAGUACCAGGUAUGUACAUAUGUUAACUGCUGUUAAAAGAAAAAAUGAAAUUAUUGUCAGUGGGGAGAGUAAAAGACCUAGAAAAGAAUACACUGAGGUAUUAAAACUUCAGGGGGUUCACUUUGUAAAAUUUAAGUUGGAUCCUGGGUCUGAAGUAAAUAUUCUGCCAUUUCAUGUUUUCCAAAUAAUUGACAAAGGGUAUACUGUCAAUCCCACUAACACCGUGCUGAAGGCUUAUGGGAAUGUUUUAAGCUCACCUAAAGGUACAGUAAGGUUGAGUGUUGAAACAAAAUAUGGUGGCAAAAUGAUUUGUGAGUUCCUACUCUCUACAAUUGAUCCUAGACCAAUUCUUGGUAUAGAAGCAUGUGAAAUUUUAAAUCUGGUAAAAAGAGUUGAACAUCAGUCUAAAGAUGUGAAAACUGUCAAAGUGAUGUCUCAGUUACUGCCAGAGUCUAAAAUUGUGUUCCUAGAAAAAUAUAAGGAACUAUUCACAGGUCUGGGUGAGUUCAAAAAUAAAGUAAAAAUUACUGUUGAUCCCAAUGUUACACCUGGAAUGUGCCCUCCUAGAAGGUAUCAUUUUUCAGUGAAUGAUAGACUUAAAACUAAACUGGAAAGUUUAGUACAAAGAGGUAUUGUGGCCAAAGUUACUGAUGAAAUUCCAAAAUUUGUUAGUAAUUUGGUAAUUAGAGAAAAAAGUGAUGGUGAUUUAAGAAUUUGUCUUGACCCGGAGUUGCUGAAUCAGGCAAUAGUCAGACAAAAAUAUGUAAUUCCAGAUGUUGAUAACUUGUCAUGUCAGGUUAAAGACAUGGAGGUUUUCACAGUGUUAGACCUGAAAGAAGGGUUUUGGCAUGCUACAUUGGAUGAUGAGUCAAGUCUUCUGUGUGCAUUUGCUACCCCUCAUGGAAUUUACAGAUUCUUAAAAAUGCCAUUUGGGUUGAAGUGUGCACCUGAAAUAUUCCAGUUUAUGACUGAAACAGCAUUUCAGGGUACAGGCGCAAUAGUAUAUUUUGAUGAUUGUCUUAUAGCAGGUAAAGACUAUGAGGAUCAUGAUCUAAAACUUCAAAAAGUAAUGGAGAAGGCCAAAGAGCAGAAUGUUAGGUUUAAUCCUGGUAAAAUUCAGUACAGACAAAAAGAAGUAAAAUUCCUGGGACACUUGUGGUCAAAAAAUAAAACCAAAGUGGAUCCAGAAAGAGUUCGAGCAAUAGAAGCAAUUAAAGAACCAAAAACAAAAACACAACUCCAAAAAUGUUUGGGUAUUUUUAACUAUCUGAGAAAAUUUAUUCCUCAGAUGGCUACAAUUGCUGCUCCACUCUAUGAAUUGCUGUCUAAUGCUGUUCUUUAUAAAUGGAUGCCUACACAUGCAAAAGCUCUUCAAACUCUAAAAGAAAGUAUUUCAAAGGCCCCUGUCUUGGCUACAUUUGAUAGCAAAAAGCCAAUUAUAAUUCAAGCGGAUGCCAGCCAGUAUGGACUGGGCUGCUGUCUCUUGCAAGAUAAAAAACCUGUAGUUUUAGAUUCCAGAAUUCUCACUGAAACAGAAAAGAAUUAUGCUCAGAUUGAGAAAGAAAUGCUGGCUUUGUGCUAUGCUGCCCAUAAGUUUGAAAAAUACAUUUGGGGUAUGCCUGAUGUAUUGUUCCAAACUGAUCACCAACCUUUGAUUCAUAUUUUCAAAAAACCUAUUUACAAAAUAACCAACAACAGGUUGAAAAAAAUGAGACUCAAAUUACUCAGAUUCCAACCUAAAGUUGAGUAUUUACCGGGUAAAUAUAUGCAUAUAGCUGAUUUACUGUCUAGAAAUUGCCUGGAAGAUCCUGUAGAGGAUGAUCCAGAAAUGGUUGAGGUUGUACAUGAGGUGACAAAAUAUAUUGACAUGUCACUCAAUGUCAAGGCUGAUCUGGUGAGAGAAACAGCAAACGACCCAGGUUUGUCAGCUGUGAUGCGAUAUUACCAGGAAGGUUGGCCUAAAAAUAACAAAGUUAUUGUUAAUGAGGUAAAACCAUAUUGGAAACUGAGAAUGGAUAUCUUUGUAGAAGAUAAAUUGGUAAUUCUGGAAGAUAGAAUAAUCAUUCCGGUAUCGCUCAGGAAAAAAGUUUUGAAAAAUUUACAUACCGCUCACUUGGGUGUUGAGAAAACCAAAAGUAGAGCCAGGCAAUCUGUGUAUUGGCCAGGUAUGUCAAAUGACAUAACCACAUUUAUAAAAGAAUGUCGGACAUGUGAAAGACAUAGUGCCAAAAAUAAACAUGAGCCACUAAUUCCACAUGACAUUCCGCAAUUGAGGUUCCAGAAAAUAGGAAUUGAUAUAUUACAUUUUAAUUCCAAAGAUUUUUUGGUUGUUGAGGACUACUUGUCAAAAUGGUUAGAAAUAAAACCACUGUCAAGUAAAAGUAGUAAAGCUGUAAUAGAUGCACUGAGAUCUAUUUUCUCUACUCAUGGUAAUCCACAAAUAAUAUUUGGUGAUAAUAAUCCACUCAAUUCACAUGAGUGUCAUGAGUUUGCAAAAAGCAUGGGGAGUGUGAUUAAAACCAGUUCACCUGAAUAUGCUAGAAGCAAUGGACUGGCUGAAAAAGGAGUUCAUAUUGCUAAACAAAUGCUUAAAAAAUGCAGUGAUUCUGGUACGCAUAUUCUGGAUGCUCUCAAGGAGUAUAAUAACACACCUUUAACGGGUAUGAAUGUGUCUCCAGCUGAAAUACUUAUGAGUAGAAAGUGUCGUACUUUACUCCCAAUACUAAACAAAAAUCUCGAACCAAAAGUUGUAAAGGUUAAGCAAGUGCUGGAAAGAUUGCAAGAUAAAGUAAAAUCUCAACAUGACUUGCAUGCUAACCGUAAACCUGUAAACUUUUCACAAGGUGACAGUGUGGUUGUCAGACGAGGAAAGAAAUGGCAGAAAGGGAAUAUAGUUCGUAAACUUUCUGGUAACAGAAGUUACGUAGUUGAACUAUUAGGGGGAGGUCAGUUACGCAGAAAUACAUGGCAUUUGAAACAUUCUAGUACCAAACCGGACAGAGUUGAUGCUAGAGAAAAUAAAGAAAUUGAUGCUGAUGCAAUUCUCGCCAAUAUUAGAGCUGGUGAAAAGAAAGUGACCAUUAACCCUAACCCUACUGUUCGUGCUGUUUCUGUUCCAGCAGCUCAAGGAUUGAUGACAUUUGAGUCACGACAAACAACAAGAUUUGGUCGGAAGAUCCUAAAACCACAUCGUUAUGAUGGGAGCUGUUAA